UCGACUAGAGAUAAGCCUGAUUAUGUCAAUGCUCGCUUCGUCGUAUGAACCUUCUACACCUUGUGCACUUCGAAUAGGUUGGACAGAUCUUGCUGAUUGGCUUCGGCCGAGGGUGCAGACUCUUACUCGAGAAUCUUUAAUUAAAAUGUCUUCAUUAUCCCGCAUUUUGUCAAGGCUGUCUCAAGUCACGUGGGUAACCAAUGUCCACCCACAGACAAGCUGAUUUCUCUGUGUUGUUUGUUCAUGUGUCAACGUCGGUGCGCGGAUCUUAUAUGGUCACCUGGGUGCAGUUUGUAUAAUUGAUCGCUGCACUGGACAAGUGUAAAGAUCAGGAGUCGCGUGACAUUCGAAAUUCCAGCUGUGGAAUGUGAGAGUUCAAUUGACAGUUUUUUUUCCAAAAAUUAACAUAAUUGUAAAUUGAAGUUACAUGCAACAAAGAAUAAGGCUGCCGUGCUGAUGUGUUAGUAUCAGGAAUAUGGCUAUAUUUAGCGUAUGACGAGACUGGCCGUUUCGGAGCACGAAUAGUGCCGUUGCUCUCGUACAACUAGCGUAUCGUCUGUGUUUACGACUAUAUUGUUUGACAAGCAGAACGAAAAUGGAAGAUAUAUUUCAAUGGUGUCGCGAGGGCAACGCUAUGCAGGUCCGCGUCUGGCUGGAUGACACCGAGCACGACAUGAAUCAAGGAGAUGAUCAUGGAUUCAGCCCACUUCACUGGUGUUGUAAAGAAGGACAUUUAAAAUUGGCAGAACUACUCCUCAGCAGAGGUGCACGCAUUAAUGCUACCAAUAGAGGUGACGAUACACCUUUGCAUCUUGCUGCAGCACAUGGACACAAGGAAAUAGUACAGUUGUUACUUAGAAAUCGUGCCGAUGUAAAUGUCACAAAUGAACAUGGAAAUACUGCCUUACACUAUGCUUGUUUUUGGGGAGAUCAAGCAAUUGCAGAAGAAUUGGUUGCAGCUGGUGCUCUUGUGUCCAUAGCCAACAAAGACGGUGAUACUCCUCUUGAUAAAGCCAGAGGUGUCGUGGCUAAGAGAUUGCAUGAUUUAGCAUUAGAAUAUGGACAAGAUUUGAAGAAAAUUCAAUUUAAGGAUCAGAGCUGGUUAGGUUUGAAAACCAGGAGCCGGGACGCGACACUUUCUCGGCACAAAGGAAUCAGUAUGAUAGAUCUUGCUCUGCAUACGCAUCUCGCGAGCACACCCAGUGGUGAAACUUGGCGAGGACGAUGGCAGAACAACGAUAUCGUCGCCAAGAUAUUAAACUUUCGCGAGUGCACCGCACGCAUCUGCAGAGAUUUCAACGAGGAAUUUCCAAAGUUGAGAAUCUUUUCACAUCCCAAUGUUCUACCGGUUCUCGGUUGUGUAAAUCAGCCGCCACAGUUAGCAACUGUUUCACAGUAUAUGGCGCGAGGUAGUCUGCAUCGACUUCUGCAUGGUGGAACUGGUGUCCUGGUGGACACAGCUCGUGCUCUUCGAUUGGCUCUUGAUAUCGCCAGGGCUAUGGCAUUCCUUCAUGGUUUGGAUCGGCACAAUAGAUGUAGAUUUCAUCUAAACAGUAAGCAUAUAAUGAUUGACGAGGAUUUAACAGCUCGUGUGAACAUGGCAGACGCCAAGUUUUCCUUCCAAGAAGUCGGACGAAUUUACGAGCCGGCGUGGAUGUCGCCAGAAGCUUUAAGCAAGCGUUCCGCAGAUAUCAAUCUUGAAGCGAGCGAUAUGUGGAGCUUUGCCGUUCUUUUAUGGGAAUUGGCAACCAGAGAAGUACCAUUUGCGGAUCUAUCGCCCAUGGAAUGUGGCAUGAAGAUUGCACUGGAAGAUUUACGCGUAAGUAUUCCACCGGGUAUCUCUCCACAUCUUGCAAAGCUCAUUCGCAUCUGUAUGAAUGAAGAUCCGGGUAAACGACCAUGUUUUGAUAUGGUUGUACCAAUUCUGGACAAGAUGAAGCGUUGAAAUGCCCGCUUUAUUGCUUGACAGUCAACAGCAGUAAUACAAAAGUAACACAAAGAGAUAUAUGUCUUCAGAAAAAAAUUUAAUCAAAAAGUGCCUAACGAAUCUCUACAUUUAUGAAAUACUGCCUGUAGAAUUAUUAAUAAUGAUAGAAUAUUUUUAUAUCACUGUGUUCUAUACAAAUGGAACGAAUGCUAUCUUUAGAAAUUCACAACUAGGCUCUAAAUAAACUAAUAUUUUUUUUA